GCAGCUAUUUCGCGAGAUGCAGACUCGUGAAAAAUGAAAUCUUUGAAUGUCAUCACAGAAAUAUUCUGUCUGAUUCUCCGUGGCAGUUGAAUAAGCGUGAUUUAAGGAUUAAGACAGCGAUGAAUGAAUUUGAGAAGAUGCAGUCAGAAAGAUAGAAAGAGUAGACUACGAAGAACCCUGGAUCGUCGUGACAAUCGAAAGAUAGAUGUGUUCUAGUACAUUUUUUUUACUCCAUCAGCACGGGGUAUUGCGAAGCGAGUAUCAGAAGUGCUUUCAUGUUCGUGCCCUUUUCGGUGUAAAGGAUGUCCCUUUUUUGUGCCAUGCUUGAGAGAUGAGCGUGAGACUGUACUUACCAUUGUCAGCGAACCCCUUCUGUAAUCUAUACGGGGUCAACGCCUGAGCAGUGUUGAGAGAGGAAGAGACAACAUUUUUGCGCGAACUAAGAGGCCCUACCGUUUUUUUUCUUCACAGACAACUCGUAGUUGUAUGUUGGUGCUGGCUCACUUGUGAUUCAUCAUUCGUCUGUUUCUUCUGUUGGCCGUUAUUCAGCUUUUUUCCAUGUAGUUUUAGUUGGGGAGAUUACACUUAUAGUUUUUGGAAUGAACCACCAUAGACGCAUAGAUCCAAGUGAGACGUCUUCAAGAGAGGCAAUCUUGGAACUCUUUUUCCACUCCCUUUCUCCCAACAUCACAGCCAACAUAUUUUUGAACAACCUGAACCCACAGCUUUCCCGUUGUCGCAUUUUUAUUGCUUCUCGGAAACACGAUAUAGCACAUCGCAAAUCCAUCAUACAUCUUCACGACCACGAGCUCACAACAUUUUUCAGCGAGCUUCAAACUAACAUCUCCAAUCCGUAGAACUUGAAGAGUAGUUUUUCUUUUUGUUGUACAGUUUUAAUAGGGGAUCACGUUCGAGUAACUUUGUUACAUACAACAACAACACAUCGACACAUCGACAUCUUCUUCUUCACCGAAUCGAAGCUCCGAGGCCAACAUCGAACGUCAACCUCAAACGUCAACCUCAAACGUCAACCUCAAACGUCAACCUCAAACGUCGCAGUCUUUGACGAAGAGAAGACUACCAAAAUGUCUCUGCCACCGUACCGUGAGCCGUUUCUGUUGAACAAGUUCUUGGACGCUGAAGUGCAGGAGUCCUAUGAGUUUCGCAGACCAUGCCUCGGAUCGAAGAACUACUGCGAUUAUGAGUUCUUCAAACGCAUGAACGUCAAAGACAACUUCGUCGAAGCACGCUUUCCACGAUUCAAGCAUGCCGAUUUCUUGUACAUUUCCGCCUCUUUUGAUAUCACUGCUAUCUCUCUCACGAAUGGGUACACUACUACUACUACUAUCUCUCUCAUUCUCUCACCAGGAAAGUUUCUGCUAACAACUGUCACCACUAUGGUUGGUCAACAUCUUCAGUUACACUUUUGAACUUUCAUCUUCAGUUACACUUUUGGUUGGUCGCCUAUUUGCGAGUUACAAAAAUUUAGAACUUUCAUCCCCACCCAAGUAACUUAAACUUAGGUACACGGAAUAACUUAAACUUAGGUACAAGCUUCCAAAUGCUGCCGUAACAAGAGGAGAUGUCGAGGUGGCAAAGGCUAAAGGUGAGUUGUCUCCUCGUGGCAAUGAGAAAGCAGAGUGGGGUACGACCUGCGACAAUCACCACGUACAGCAAAGAACAGCAUUCCCAGAACGAUGCAGAGAAAUUGAGGGAAAUGAUGUACUACACUUAUUUUUUCAGUUUUGAAUCUUCGAGUUUAUUUGUCUUUUGAUGGGGAAAGAGUAGCUUCUUUGGAAGGUGUUUAGCACUUCAUGAAUAGACAUCUCUCAAAUGUUGAUGUCUAAAUGAAGAGUGAUACCGACUUCACGUUAACCACGUAUUUUAACCACGUAUUAAAUCCCCACUUCUUAAUUCCCUCUACAGAAAAUGAUGAUGAGCGGACCGCCAGUUUUCAAGACGGCGAUGGACAACCUCAAGAAUGGCAGCCAGGAUUUGAGCUAUCGCAGGUACUGUCGUAUUUCACAAGGAUACUCGAUUCAUUUUACGAGUAGACGAUGGACCAUUGUCUCCUUGCUAGAAGAAAUUGUAACUAAAAGACCAGAAGAAAUCGAAAUCUAUUCUCCAUUAUUAAGAGUAUCUCCAUACUGGUAGGAUCCUACACAACCUUACCCAAGACAACCUUCCUUUAUCCCCCAUGGCCACUCUCUCCCUACAGAUUGCGGUAUAUGGAACGCACUGAUGGCGGGCGAGUGUUUGAGACUCGUGCUCGCGACGAGCGAUGGGAUCGAUUCCGUGAGGGUGCUGGAGCCAUCACACGCACCAAAUUCGCGCCAAAGGAACAACUCAAGCAACGCUAUGGAACAUUCCGCGUGCCAGGUACUACUCUAUGGGUUUACCCUGAUACGGGAUUUGUAUCAUCUCUUCGUACUUACUUUCUUGUAUCAUCUCUUCUUACUUUGAUUUUUCACAGGGUCCUCAUCUGCAACUGCUCCGACAUUGCUAGCGAUAAAACUUCCGUAGCAUAGAAUUCUGUGUUCGUGGGAGGGGUACCAUUUACCAUUACUUCGAAACAUAUCGGUGUCGAGUGUUACCAUUUUUUACCACUACCAUUUACUAAAUGACAGGCCGAAACCAGUCGGUGCCGAGUUUGCCUUACUGGAGCGACAGUGGGGCGAUCACUCCGCAAACGGGUGUGCUUUAAGCAUUUAACGAUUUUCAAGUUGGGAAUAAGAACUACAUCAUGAAGUCAACAUAGAUAUUGAAUAAGUACCUGCUGAAGUACGAGGACUAGAACGAAUGUAGACUGAAUCAACAAUAUUGUAUUAACGAACAACGACCACACAACUACUGUAUAUAUAUGUUUAUUGAUCAUAGGAGGGCCUUGGCCAGUUGUUAUAGGGGAAUCGUGCACAGCACUUGUAUAAUAAAUUCUAAGUUGGAUAUGGAUGUGAUACUAGAUACCAGAAGUAUGCGCUAUGUUUAGGGAUAAUGUUCGUGAUGUGCUGGAGGAGGUAGUCACAUUUCGUACAACACACACUGUAUUUUACUAUUUAUUGGAAGAAGGCAGCUUAGACAUUGUGGAGCUGGACUGAAGAAGGUUCAUAUGAAAAUGUAUAAUUUUUCCUGUAUAUAAGCGAAAACUUCUAUGACUUUCAUCUAAGAAGCAUAUUUUCUUUCAAUAAGCAAGAACGACUUUUUCUCCAAGUAUGUGUGACGAUUCGUAAGCAGCUUCCGCUUUUGUAGUUAGGGUACCUAAAGAACGACCUUCUAAAGAACGACCUCUGUGCUUUGAAUCGUCUCCAUGCUGGGGAGGAUAAACUUCAUAAUUCAUAUUUUGGGACUGGGAUAACAUCAAUAACUUCGGACUUCAAUUAAUCUCAUUUGAAACACAUGCUAGAAAACUACGAUCGCUGCCUGCUCCCUGGUGGUGGAGGAAGCUCUGCCUCUGCAUAUAAGGGCAGGCUUGUGAACACAUCGAAGGAACAAGUCAG